CUGUCAAUGACGCUGGGGCCGCUCGGUCGCCCCGCCCCGAGGCCCACAACAAGGGUGUCCGCGGCCUGUCCUCCAGGCGGAGGAGCCCGGACUGCGGAAGGAUGGAGCUGGCCGCGGGCAGCUUCUCGGGGGAGCAGUUCCGGGAGGCCUGCGCCGAGCUCCAGCAGCCCGCUCUGGCCGGGGCCGACUGGCAGCUUCUAGUGGAGACCUCGGGCAUCAGCAUCUACCGGCUGCUGGACCAGAAGACUGGACUUUAUGAAUAUAAAGUCUUUGGUGUUCUGGAGGACUGCUCACCAACUCUACUGGCAGACGUCUAUAUGGACUUAGACUACAGAAAACAAUGGGACCAGUACGUUAAAGAACGCUAUGAACAAGAAUGCAAUGGACAGACUGUGGUCUACUGGGAAGUGAAGUACCCUUUUCCCAUGUCCAACAGAGACUAUGUCUACCUCCGGCAGCGGCGAGACCUGGACAUGGAAGGGCGGAAGAUCCACGUGGUCCUGGCCCAGAGCACCUCCGUGCCUCAGCUUGUCGAGAGGUCUGGGGUGAUCCGGGUGAAGCAAUACAAGCAGAGCCUGGCGAUCGAGAGUGACGGCAAGAAGGGGAGCAAAGUUUUCAUGUAUUACUUCGAUAACCCGGGUGGCCAAAUUCCGUCCUGGCUCAUUAACUGGGCUGCCAAGGGAGGGAACUGCAGUGGUAGUUUGUAUCACUAGAGACCGCCCAGGAGCCUGGCAUUAUGGGGACCACCAGCCUGCUUUGCAUGAGAUCUACUACUUGAGAGGUCAACAGAUUCCUUGGAAGAGUGAAAAAGCACAUCAACUUUGGAGUCAAACAGAUGCAAUUUUGAAUCCUGGCUCUGCUACUGACUGUCUUGUUGUAUUUAAGGAAGCCAUGCAUUUCUUCCUUUUUACAAAAGAAGAUAGAUGUCUUCUACUGCAUAGAAGGGGAGUAAAUAAGACAAUAUUCAGGAGAAGUCUUGCCCAAUGCUCAACAUGAACUAAAUAAUCAUAUAUCCUACUCCUUGAUCCCCAAUCCUUACCAUUUUCUAAUUCAGUAAGGCAAGUCCUUCCUCUCAUUUCUUUGGAAGAAUGUAACAAUCCAGCCCAACCCCAUUUCUUGUGUUUUCUUUUUUCAAGAAACACUGUUUCAGAAACAUCUUUGCUUUUUCCUAGAGAAAGCUAACAUAUAAGGCCUUUUUGCAACAGAAGUUCCUGUUGACUGGUGUUCCUUUUGUCCUGGGUCCUACUUUUUGUCAUCAUCUGCAACAACAUUCUGUUGAAAUCCAGUUACGGAGCCUAUUCAUUUUUGUUAGCCCUAAAGCCAACAUUGUUUACCUUCUGCCACAUCCCAAAGAAUCAAGAGUAACCACUGUGAAGACACAGAAAUGACAGUCUCAUUUCCUUUGCAGAAUGGAGUUCCUAACUUCUUGAAAGACAUGGCAAGAGCCUGUCAGAACUACCUCAAGAACACCUAAGAAAGAGAAUUGGGAACAUUGCAUCCAUGGGAUGAUGUCUCUGGAAGUGCCACCACCCACCGCUGCUCAGCCUUCCCCUGCUGUUUCCAUCUUCGGAGGCCUACACACUCUACCACGUCCCUUCUAAGCAUGUUCGCCUGACAUCCAGCUCACUCGCCUGCUUCCUUUCUCACUCCCCACAUCUUGGGGUGGGCUGCCUUCUUCUGCAAUUCAAUAUGGGGCAGACUAGGGAAACCUUUGCUUGCUUACUAUUAGGAGGGGAAGUCUUCAGUAGGGAACACAGUCAUUCCAUUGUGCAAUUUUAUGGGGAUGGGUAGGCAGAGGGACACAACACAAUUUAAGAAUGACUGUUUGGGCAGGCUGGUUCUUUUGCAGCUUGUGAUUUGUUCCAACUUGGGAGGGGCUGCUGGAAGUGGCAUUCUGUUCAGAGCUGACUUUCGGUGCACCCAAACUGGACGACAUGUGCCAGUGGCCAUUUGCCUUAUGCCCUGUGGAGCUGAUUAGGCUGGGAUUUGAGGUGAUAAUCCAGUAAGUCGUUCCUCAUUCCUACUUGUGGAGGAUCAGUAGCUAUUAUGAUGCCAGACCAUUUGGAGAAGUAUCACAGGUCUGAGGGGGACACAUAAUAUGACAACCACAUUUUUUGUCGUCAUCCAUGUCUGUUUUUUUUCUCUUUUCCAUAUGUCACUGGGGAAGGGCUGCCUGUACCUCUCAAGCUUUGGAUUUUACUGGAAACUGAGGCAUCAAGAUGGCUGUGGCAGCUAGCAAAAGCAAAGAUGCUUUGUGCAUAGCCUUGUGAAAAAGUGUCUUUCUAUGCAAUAAGAUGAAUUUUCCUUCCAGAGUAUUUAGAAAUGUAGAAGGGAUAACAGUUCACAGCCAGGUAAAAUUUAACUGGUGGCUUAAAGACUCUGCAUCUUUUUCUCAGGAAUUCUGCCUAAGUUAUCUGCCUUUUCUACCACCAAAAAGACUUUUAGUUUUCUAUGGUUUCUCCUGAAUUUUGGUAGGGUAAGGUAUUUCUGUAGUCAAAGGCACAGCCUUGAUGAUCUCAGGGAAAAAUUUUAAUCACUGUGUAUAAUGAUACUAAACCUGAUUAAUAACAGAGAAAUUCAGGAUGUAAAGCCAUAGAAUGGGAUUUACGAACGUAGGAUACCUCAGACUGUUUGUUUUCUUUCUGGGAAGAAAAAUGUGUUCUAUAAUGAAUAAAUAUAGAGUGGUUUUUACUUGUCCUGUGUACCACUUCCUUCCUACCUUCUUCCUUUUGUGAGAAUGCAUCAGUUAGAUCUCCUUUAUCUACAAGUGAUAUUCAGCCUAAUUUGUAGACUUGAACAUAAAACGUAAUUUUGGGCUUACUUAUAUGCAAGGUCAGGUGUAGGUAACCUCAGGUAGGGAUCAAUACAGGUGCUCAAACUGAGAUGAGAAUUCAGAUCUUUUAGUAUUGGUCUGCAUUUGCUGGUAGCAUUGUCGCUAACAGCAAUAGGUAGGUUUGCGUCUUCCUAGGCUCAUGACAAGCAAAACAAAAAAGACAAUGUUUCUUUCUAGUAGGACCUGCACUAUUCUGUAAUUUAGAGCCCCUCUAAAACAUUUGCUUAUCUAUGUCCUGCUCAUUAUGGUCAUCUGGAUAGAAGUAUACAAGUAAGUGAAUGCCUCAUAAAAUUAUCAUUAAAAUAUCAUUAUCAGUAAUGUAGCUGGAAUCUAUUCUAGAUAAACUCCAUCUGAAUGCCUCCUGUUAAUAGAAGUCAAGUUGAAAUCUUAUGAAUAGAUUCUUUCAAAUAAAAGCACUGAGAUUAUAGUCACUGAAACAGAACUGGCAUGAAAUGGUGUCAUGUAAACCAUUUCUUUAAAUAACAUUAAAUAAUUUGCUAAGAACUCUGAAAAUACUAAGAAUGCUGAGUUUCUAGGUAAGGUACUUAUUUUAAAAGGUCACAGCAUUUGCUGUAAUGAAUGGAGUUAUGAUUUUGUAGCAUUUUUACUUGCUAAUUUGGAGUAGUGGACAGUCCUCGCGAGCUGAGGUUAUGUAGGAAACUGAAAACUCUUGAGCUACAGUAAGUGCCGAAGGUAAAAAAAAAAAAAAAAAAAAAAAG